AUGCGGGUUGAACCUACACCAGCUCCCACCGCCCCUGGUUCAUCCCUCCAACGGGAGGGGGAGGCAGAGGAAGGAGGAGGAGGAGGAGGCGAGGGUGGCGGUGGUGUGGGGAUCGGUGUGGGACGGUGGAGAUCAUCAGACACGAGCUUUGGUGGCCCUGCGACUACUACAGUCGCUGGAUUCCCCCCGCAUUCUGAUCAGCAGCCUGAGGCUGCUACGGCUGCAGCUACUACCACAGGGGCCGCACCAUGGCUUACCAGCUCUGCACUCAGCAGUCUUCUCAAGAAAGAAGCCCCCGAGUCUGCACCUGCUGCUGCUGCUGCUGCUGCUGCUGCUGCUGCUGCUGCUGCUACCUCAAACCACCCUCCAUCAAGCCCAACCACUGCGUCUAGCCUUUCCCCGGCUCUUUCGCCGCCCUUCCCACCGGUUCUUCAGGCGCCGCCUCUUUCCCCUUCUCCGUUUCAUCCCUUUGGGUUUCCCACUCCACUUCAUCCUGCUGCCCAACACUCCCCGGCCCACGCCCCGGCCGGUGCCCUCUCUCCCCCAUCUCACAGUCACGGAAACACAUCAGCAACAUCAUCAUCGUCUGCAGUAGCGGCCGCAGCAGCUGCUAUUCUUGCAGCCGCGGGGGUUUCGAUGCCAAAUCCUGGUGCUGCUUCGUCUUCUUCUGCUGCUGCUGCUGCUGCUGCUGCUGCUGUUGCUGCUGCUCCUCCUCCUGGAGUGGGGGGGUCGACAGCCACACCAUCGGCUAUCACUCCCAUCUUGCCGCCCAUCCACGCAUCCUCAGCCACCCAGCAGCACCGGAUCCAAACAAACCAAAACCUACCAAUACCGCACUCGCAUCCCUUCUCCCAGGAGCAAUACCAGCUCCACGCGCUUCUCAGCCUUGCCGCUGCUGGCCUCAUUCCCCCUUCCGCUGCUGCAUCACUAGCCCAGCACCCCGCAUUCCAACCACCACCACCGUACACUCACACACCCCCUCAUCCGGCCCCGUUCAGGGCCAUGCCUCCUACGAGCACAGCCCCUUAUCCUGUUCCUUUUGGACCCCCCAAUGUGGCGGCUCCUCCGUCAUUCCCUCACACUCUCCUCUCUUCUCCAGCUGCUUUAUUCCACCCUGGCGUCAGCACAGCAGGAAACACUACCUUCAGCCCUGCAGGGAGCGUGCAUCAGCCGUCCAAUCUCGCGGCUGCUGUUGCUGCAGUGGCAGCAGCCAUUGCUGCGGCUGGGGGCAAUUUGGGGCACGUCCGUGCGCCUGUUGCUGGAUCCAGCGGCGCUGGUUUCAGCCCUGGUGCUCCGAACACAGGUGAUGACUCAGGCGGUGGUGCAGGUGAUGGGGCUAGGGAUCCAAUCACACAGCUGCUGUUCCCCUCAGCGGUCACCCAUGCCCCUGAGAGUAUUGUUCGGACACACUCACUUUCAUCUCUCUCCUCUUCUCCCUACCAUCUUGACCACUGUACCCAGAGACCGACUACUCUUGCCUUGCACACGCCCUCCUUCUCUGCAUCAGCUGCGCCAGCCGCCCGCCCCCACCCCCCUUUUCCCCUUCCUGCCGGAUCCCCCUCCCCUGCAUCUCCGCGCAUCUCGCCUUUUCCCCAUGGCCCCCACCAACCCCCCCAGCCCCAGGACGCGGCGGAGGGAGAGGAGGGCAGCGAGUGGUGUUUUGAGACGACUCAAAGUAUGACUCGUUCCCCCCAGGACGUGGCGGAAGGAGAGGAGGGCAGCGAGUGGGCCAUGCAGGCGCGCGGGGGCGGGGCACACUCUACACGCCCACGCAGCGUGGCUGAGCGGAACAGACGCAGCAAGAUCAGUUCCCGUCUGGACCGCCUCAAGGAGUCACUCCCGAUCUGGAAUCCGCGCAUGGACACGGCCACCAUUGAGUCGACUCAAAGCACUUCCUCCUUCCCCCGCGUCGACCCCUCCCACCCCCCCGCAGUUCCCGCCUGGACCGCCUAA